CACACAAAUCAACUCACCAUGCAGACCGAAGCAGUGAUCGUUCUGGCUUGCAUCGCCGCAAUUGCCUGCGGCGUUCCUUCAAAUCUGCAGGAAAUGGAACUUACUGAGUCAACCGAGGACAUUAAUAGCAGGAUUAUUGGCGGCACAGUGGCUGAGCAAGGUGAAUUUCCGUGGCAUGUCGCCAUCCAGAAUACUUCCGAUGGGCAGCACUGGACUCAUAAAUGCGAUGGCACCAUCAUCUCCAAGGAAUUCAUCCUCACCGACGAAAUAUGCGCCAUGGAAUCUGGCGAGUUUGGCCGAGUAAUUGCCGGAACUUUGGAUUUGACAAACCCUGGCUCGGUCCACUUCAUCGCUGAAACCAUUCGAAAUGACUCAUCUAGGGAAAUUGUCCUCAUGAGGGUUGACCCACCCUUUGCAUUUAAUUCCAACACUGGACCAAUCCUUCUGCCUCAUCAGAGCACUGAAACCUUUCCAGGCACAAUUCUGACAGUCUCAGCCUGGAGCGAAAUUGAUGAAACUAACAUUUUAAUGAAGUUGGAGUCGCCGGUUUUGUCCAAGGCUUGGUGUUCGGACCUGUUCCCCAAUUCGCCGUUUGAUUUUGAAAACUACAUCUGCGCUGGAGACGCCAACAACGGCACAGGGUCGUGCUCGAAUAUUGACUUGGGAGCCCCUCUCGUUUUAGACGGUGAGCUGCGAGGGCUUUUCCGCAGCCAAUUUAGAGGGUGUGAUUACCCUGGCAUUUACGUCGAAGUGUCCAACUUCCGCGACUGGAUCUACGAGAUUGCUGGUGUUUAACGAUAAUAAUAUUUAAAUUAUUUUAGUUUUUAAUUUAAUUAUGGAAAAACAGCCAAAAAAUUAACUCACAAAAUCAAAUUUUUGCCUGUUUGAAUUUAAAUGUGUAGGUAUA